AUGAUCUUUCAAAGUGUAAUCAAGGCACUAUCUCUGCGUGAAUUUGGGACUGCGGAGAGCCCAGAAAGCCUGCGAUGUUCCCUUGCUCAAUCAGUUGGACAUUCUUAUUACCACAGUUCCAAAGGUACUGAUAGAAUCAAAGAUGGACACAAAGUGAAUUUACAUAUGGCCAAGCUGCAAGAGCAUCCAGAUCUCACCUUGGGCUAGAAGUGUUACCUGUGCAGCAUUGCUAAGAUCUAUAAUGCAAACUACCCGAGGACAUUAAUGAAGGGGCAGUACAUGAAUGUGCUUCAGCACAGCUCAUUAAAGCCAGUCACCAUUCAUCACAGGAGUCGCCUCAGCUCUCGUUACUCACAGAAACAGCAUUAUCCCUGCACUACAUGGUGACACCAGAGGCAAAGAGAGGACUCUUCUAGCAGCACAGAUGCAUCUUCACCUGAAAUGACCAUCCAGCACUCUUUUUUAAGGACAGUGAAAAACAAAGAAGGGUUAAAAAUUGGACAUGCAUCUAAAAUAAGAUGUAAGUCACUGAAGAUGUUCAGAUGACCAAACAAACUAUUCAUGCAAUCAGUUUCUUCAAAUGAUUCUGGAUCAUACAUGAGUGAAGAAAAAAAGGAAGACUAUCUAUUAAAUAAAUGUAUGCAAUCAAUGUCCAUUGAAAAACAGGGAGAAUAUUUAAUGUUAACUUGA